ACCAAUUUGUAACCAAGUGGACACUUCUGUACACAAAGGAAAUCCUGAACCUCACUCUAUAUAAGCCACCUCUAGCUCUCACAUUUCCCUCUCAACAAAACAUCUCUCAGAGCAAAUCAUUCAUUCUUAUUAUUCCUCUGAUCAUUUUCGUACUCUCAAUACAUCAUGGGUGUCAUCAGUUAUGAAAUUGAGAUCACCUCCUCAAUCCCUCCCGCCAAGAUGUUCAAGGCCUUUGUUCUUGAUGCGGACAACCUCAUCCCCAAAAUCUUGCCACAGGCUAUCAAGAGUGUCGAAGUCAUUGAAGGAGAUGGAGGGCCUGGAAGUGUCAAGGUUAUCACUUUCGGAGAAGGUAGCCAAUUCAAAAGUGUGAAGCAAAGGGUUGAUGGAAUUGACAAAGACAACUUCACUUACAGUUACAGCAUUAUUGAAGGAGAUGCUUUGAUGGGCAUCCUUGAAUCAAUCUGUUACGAGACCAAGAUCGUAGCAUCCCCUGACGGAGGAUCCAUCUGCAAGAGCAGCAGCAAAUAUCACACCAAAGGCGACGCUCAGAUCACCGAAGAGCAGAUCAAGAGUGGCAAAGAAAAGGCCUCUGGAAUGUUCGAGGCCGUCGAAGCCUACCUCUUGGCAAAUCCUGAUGCCUAUUAGCUCAAGUUGUGAAAACUCUAUGCUGUGUUUUUGUGUCCACUUUUGAUGUUCCAAAAUUUUCCAUUUGGUGAUCGGAAAAUGCUGCUUGCAUUGUUGGUUUGAUUUUCACAACUCUAUAAAAAAAUAUAUACAAUGUUGUCAUAAAAUUUGUCUACAGUACUUGAAUGGAGGGAUUGAGAUUUUUCACUUUCAUGAGCAGCUGUAAUCUUGAUGAUGUUGAAAUGCCAAGUUGGAAGU